AUGGGGAAAUUAAAAGGCUUUUCACUAUCUGGCCAGAAGUCCAUCUCCUUUGUGGGCUGUGAUCAGCAUUUCCUCUAUUUGACUCUGGGUGGCGCUGAGUGUGUUCUCCCAGCUUCCAUGUCCUAUGACCUCUAUGUUGCAUGUCACCCGCUGCGCUACCCUGUUCUCAUGAACAGAAAGGUGCGACCGAUGAUGUCUGCCCUGUCUUGGUUGGGAGCAUCAGUAAACUCCCUCAUUCACACAGUGGUCCUGAUGCACGUCCCCGUCUGUGGGCCUCAAGAAAUCCACCACUUUUACUGUGAGCUUCCAGCUGUUGUGAAGUUGGUAUGUGGAGACAUCAUUGUUUAUGAGCCCACAGUUUACAUCAGCGCCAUCCUACGUCUCCUCCUCCGCGUCCUCCUGACUUCUGCAUCCUGUGUCUUCAUCCGCCACAGUGUCAUUCAGCUGCGUAAGAGAAAUGCCUUUUCCACUUGCAGCUCUCGCCUCACCGUGCUUUCCCUCUGGUUCACUCCCGCACCGAAUCCUUUAAUUUAUACUCUCCAGAAUAUGGAUGUAGCUAAGUCUCUGAGGAGAGUGCUGUGGAGAGAUCUUAUCACUAAAAGACCGGAAGUGCAGUUGCCCUGA